AUGACACAGGUUGAUCCACAAAUAAUAAAGGAUUCGUUAUCUUCGUCCACCAAUACAGCUACUUUUGGCUUGUCAAAAGAUUUAACGAUUCCAAUAUCUGUAAAGAUUUGUUAUCUUCAGCCUUCCGAUAUAUCAAAAGUUUUUGAUGAAUUAUCCCCAUCAUCAGAGAAAUAUUCUAAUCCCUUGGUAUUUCAGAAACUAUCUAAUAUAUAUAUAAAUUCAGACCUAUUCGUGACAAUUCAAGUAUUUAGUGGCACUAGUAAUCCAAUCACAAUACCUGUACAGACACCAUAUCAGGCAUUUACUAACAAUAAACGAGAAUGGAAUAGGACAUUGAAACUUCCGAUAAACUACAACCAAUUGACGAUAGAUUCUUAUCUAAGAGUUGUUGUAUAUGAGGUCAGUAAUACUAGACCAGUAAUAUUUGGGAUAGGAAACAUAUCACUUUUCAACAAAAAUGAUUCUACAUUGAGAAGAGGUUCACAGAAGGUCCCCGUACGAAGGGAUUUUGACUUUUCGAAGAAUAUAGAAAUUGAAUAUGGACCUAUAUCAGGAAUUACAGAAUUAGAACAGAAACUUAUCGACUACGAAAAUGGAGAGUUUCCUCAUGUACCUUGGCUCGAUAAGCUAGUUAUAUCAGAUAUAGAAAAACAGAGAAGCAUUAAAUUAAAGGGCAAAAGUCCAUAUUCCAAGGAAAGUGAUGAAGCUGAGAAAGAUCUCUUCCACCUUUAUAUUGAAUUUCCACAUUUUGAACUACCUGUCGUUUAUUCUGACAUAACUUAUCAAUUGCCGAUACAAACACCUUCGGAGGAUAGAAGUAAUAACCAUGCAUUAAGUUUGAAUGACACGACCAACACGAGUGUAAUCAUAAAUUCCAUUGAUAUACCAAUGUCUAAGGAAACACAUACGAAUUUAUUGAAGGUAUAUGACCCUGAUUACGAGAUACCUCACCUUAAUAAUAUCAACGCCAACGGCAACACGACACAGAAUAACGCUACAAGUAAUACUCUUGACCCCAUUGAAAUGAAAUAUCAUAAGCUAGAAAGAAACAUUAAUAAUAAUUCUUUGUUAGAUAAAGAGCUAAAGCCGUCCCCUCAGUUAAGGGAUGAGUUAAUGAGAAUACUUAGAAAGCCCUCGAAUAUUGAAUUAUCAGACGUUGAGAAGAAUUUGAUAUGGAAGUUCCGUUAUUACUUUUCCAAAAAUAAUUCAACUACAACCGUUAUAGCAGAAGACAAUGCAAGUCAUCACCCAUCAUCAACUAAGCUUACACGAAGCGGAAAACUUUUCUUACCAAAAUUUUUGAAAUCAAUUAAUUGGGAUAACGAUUUUGAAUUGGAUCAUGCUUUCAAUGAAAUUAUCCCGAAUUAUUGGUCAGUAGAUAAAAUUCAGAUUGGAGAUGCAUUAGAAUUGCUAGGAAAUUACUUCAAUCCUCACACAUUGACAUCACGAAUAGCAGCCACUCCAAAAGAACAUUCAUCAAAUGAUCAAAUAAACAACGAAGAACGUCGUUACCAGAAGAUAUUCAAAUAUGUAAUAUUCUUAAGAAAAUUUGCUGUUGAUAGAUUAAAACUAGCUAACGGUGAAGAAAUAUUGUUGUAUCUCUUGCAAUUGGUACAAGCGUUGAAAUACGAGUCUAUUAUAUUUGACAAGAGGAUUAACUCAGGAGACUCAGAAACAGAGAAUUUUACUUUGAUUGAAAAUAAUUCCUCUGAUUCAUUAUUAUCAUCACCUCUUGCAACAUUUUUGAUUGAGAAGUCUGUUGAAAAUGAAAACUUGGGAAACUUUUUUUAUUGGUAUGUUAAAGUAGAAAAUGAAGAUCAGAUAAAUGUACCCAGUCCUCAACCUGUUCGGAUAUAUUCAUUAAUAUUGAACAAGUACAUUGAAAAUUUAAAAAGAUAUUCUGAAGUUAAUAAACUACCUAACUAUAAUCAUUUAAAAAGGCAAAUUUGGUUUAUCAAAAAAUUGACAAAUUUGGUCGAAUUAUUAAGAACUACUUUCAAGAAAAACGAAGCUACAAUUAAAAAGGUACAGUUUUUGAGAGAAUAUUUGGCCAAUUCAUCGAACGAUCUAUAUAAAUUUCCUGAACCAUUUCCACUACCUUUAGAUCCGUCAAUUAUAAUAUGUGGUUGUUAUCCAGAAGAAUCAUCGGUAUUCAAGAGUUCCUUGGCUCCUUUGAAGAUAACUUUCAAGACAAUAACAAAUUAUCGAGAGUUACAUCAGUCACAAUCAUCGCAAUUAUUUGGGAAGAAGCAUUAUAAAUAUGGUAAAUAUUCGUUAAUGUUCAAGAUUGGAGAUGAUUUAAGACAAGAUCAGCUUGUUAUACAAAUAAUCAAUUUAAUGGACCAGUUACUAAAGAAUGAAAACUUGGAUUUAAGGUUGACCCCAUACAGAAUUUUGGCUACAAGUCCAAUUGCUGGAUUGAUAGGGUUUGUUCCAAAUGAAACUCUAGAUGCUGUUCUAGCCCGAAUAUAUCCAACUUCUAUUUCUGAAAAUAUAGAUCUCGUCGACCAGCAGUCUGGAGCUCAUGGUGUUUCUAAUAACUAUAAUGCCAAUAAUGGAAUAUUAAACUAUUUGAAAUUACAUAGCCGUGAUGUUCAAGCAGUGGAACCUCAAAUGCUGAGUGUAUUGUCAGGAGCGAGUGAAAAUUCUAUACCUCAACCACAACAGCAACAUGCGAUCACAUCUAAUCUUGGUGUUUCAUCAAUUGUUAUGGAUAAUUAUGUAAAAUCUUGUGCUGGCUAUUGCGUGAUUACAUAUCUACUCGGAGUAGGCGAUCGUCAUCUAGAUAAUUUGUUGUUAUCACCAAAUGGAAAAUUUUGGCACGCUGAUUUUGGUUACAUACUUGGACGUGAUCCAAAGCCUUUCCCACCUUUAAUGAAAUUACCGAUUCAAGUAAUUGAUGGAAUGGGUGGUUUAAACCAUGAAAACUUCGAUAUUUUUAAGAAUUAUUGCUUUAUCACAUAUACCACAUUAAGAAAAAACAGUAAUUUAAUUUUGAAUUUAUUCCAGUUAAUGUUGGAUGCAAAUAUACCAGACAUUCAAAUUGAUCCGAACAGAGCAGUUGAGAAGGUACAAGAAAAGUUUUGCUUGGAAAUGAGCGAAGAAGAAGCCAUUUUACAUUUUCAAAAUUUAAUUAACGACAGUGUUAAUGCAUUUUUACCUGUUGUUAUUGACAGGUUACAUAGUUUAGCCCAGUAUUGGAGAGCAUAA